CAACUCCCUGUGAAUAUUAUACUUCUACUGUGGACCUGUAUCCACCUCAGAAAACAAAACCAGGUGUAGCGUCUGCAGGUAUUGUUGCUACACCAGCUGAAGACAUUGACAAAAUUAUUGUUGGAAAUGGAUCACAGAUUGCAUAUAUUCUUGUACCGGUCGAGCCAACCGACUCAAAUGUACCUGACAAAGUUACAACACUUGCUGUAGUAAUUACUGUGGUAAACGGAAACCAAAUUCCACAGAACUUAACAGAUUUCACUGAUGAGAAGAAUGCUGACACAUACCUACUGCCAAUAGACAAUGGAUACCUAUAUGUUGCUGUGUUCAAUGGCAAAACAUCAGAAGUAAAAGGAUACAAAAUAUACACUGUUGAGGAACUGGGUUCAUUGGAAAACUUCAAUCUUCAAGACUAUAUAAUUAUACUUACAACUAAUAAUACACCUGUGACGGUUAAAAAGUGUUCAG